AAAUGUAAUUUGCUUUUAACAUUCGAUUUUAAAAUGAACAGACUUUACCAAAUGAAAACCACAUUCAAUGUUAGAAAUUUGUUUGAGAAACAUUGUCCAUCCUGCUCCUUGGAAUUUGUGCAGGGGCGGACUGACCAUUUGGAAACUCAGGCACUGCCUGAGGGCCCGGGGUCAGUAGGGGGCCCAUGAGAUGCCCCUGGUACCUUUUUCAUAGGCUUUUUUGAGUAUGGGCAAGGACACAGGGGCCCCAUGAUCCCCUAUUGCCCGGGGGCCCCAUGAGUUGUCAGUCCGCCCCUGUUACUGUGUUUAAU